UGGCGGCCAUGUGACGUGCCAUGGCGGCGUCCUUGGUGUGGUGCCCAGGUGUUUGAGCGCCGGUGGUGGGCCGUUGUUGGGCCGUUUGCUCGGACUUGAGCUGAGCUCCGUCGCAGGCGGCAUCAGCCCCGAGUCGGGCGGCAGCGCAGCGAGGAGCAUGGGGACAGUGCAGGCGCGGAGCUUGGAACCCCUUCCAGUGACUGGACCGAAUUUAUCACCUCCAAUAGAUGAAGCAGAAACAGUUGAAGUGGAGCCUGAAACCAAACAGGAGGUUCUGGAAAAUAAACAGGUGAUUGUUCAGCAUGUGCAUAUUGAUGGAAUCAGCAGAACUAAAGAUGACCUUUUAAUAUAUGAGAUAGCUGAUGUAUUCAAAGCUAAAAAUCUCAUUGAAGUGAUGAAGAAGUCUCAUGAGGCCCGUGAGCGGUUGCUUCGGCUGGGAAUUUUCAGAAACGUUGAAGUCCUCAUUGACACCGCCCAAGGUGAGGAGGCAUUGGCUGAUGGAUUGGAUGUGAUCUUUGAGGUGAAGGAAAUGAGACGCUUAACUGGAAGCUACAACACUAUGGUUGGGAACAAUGAAGGAAGCAUGGUUUUGGGUUUGAAGCUGCCUAAUCUGUUUGGUCGAGCAGAAAAGAUAACCUUCCAGUUUUCAUAUGGAACAAAGGAGACCUCCUACGGCAUUUCGUACUUUAAACCAGAGCCAGGCAACUUUGACAGGAAUUAUUCUGUUAACUUGUAUAAGGUGACUGGGCAGUUUCCCUGGAGUUCACUUCGUGAGACUGAUAGAGGGAUCUCAACAGAAUACAAUUUUCCACUAUGGAAGACCCAUCAUACUCUGAAAUGGGAAGGAGUAUGGAGGGAGCUGGGCUCUCUGUCUCGCACGGCAUCGUUUUGCGUUCGGGAAGAAAGUGGUCAUUCUCUCAAAUCAUCAAUUUCGCACUCGAUGACCGUUGACACCCGGAACUCAGCAAUCGUUCCCAAACGUGGAGCUUUACUUAAGAUAAACCAGGAACUGGCAGGUUACACUGGAGGUGAUGUAAGAUUUUUGAAGGAAGACUUUGAGCUGCAAUUCAACAGGAGCCUUUUAUGGGAUUGUGUUUUCUCAGCUUCCCUGUGGGGUGGCCUUUUAGUACCGAUUGGAGACAAGCCAUCCUGUAUUGCUGAUAGAUUUUACCUUGGGGGACCAACAACUGUCCGUGGCUUUAGCAUGUAUAGUAUUGGACCACAGAGUGAAGGGGACUACCUUGGUGGUGAAACAUACUGGGCUGGAGGCCUGCACUUGUACACACCUCUGCCUUUCCGUCCAGGCCAAGGAGGAUUUGGAGACCUCUUCAGAACACACUUCUUUUUGAAUGCUGGCAAUCUUUGUAACCUGAAUUAUGGUGAUGGUCCCAAUGCACAUCUGCAGAAGCUGGCAGAAUCUAUUCGAUGGUCAUAUGGAGCAGGGAUUGUUCUGAGACUGGGAAACAUCGCUAGACUGGAACUCAACUAUUGUAUUCCCAUGGGAGUGCAGAGUGGAGAUAGGAUAUGCGAUGGAGUCCAGUUUGGAGCAGGAAUAAGGUUUCUGUGAUGCCUUUGAGAAGCUACAUUGUGCAGGUGUUCCACUGUUAAAGUCAAAUCAGUACUUAAUCCAAAUUAUAAUAAAGUUGUUUGUAAUUUGA